CAAGCACAUGCUAAAGAAUAUCCAAUUGUGAGCAGGAUAGUACAAGAUCAUUUUAUAAUUCAAUCAAUAAGUGUUGCAUUAGAACAGGCAUUUUCAGUUGCUGGAAAUACAAUUAGCAAAACAUGUAAUUAUUUAUUGCCAGAAAUAGCAUGUUCAUAUUUAUGUUUAAAGAGCUGGAUAGUUAAUGAAUUUUUAGAACUGGUUCUAAUUGAACCGGAAUCAGUUUUAGAACCAGUUCUAAAGAACCCAGUUCAGUUCGAAUUAAUUAAUAGAACUGGUUCUACAGAACCGGAACCUAGCCUAACCGAACCAACCCAUUACUACUCUCCGUUCCCUAGUAUAAAUGAUUAA